AUGGGCUGUUGGGAAGAGAAUUGGUCACUUGAUCAGCCCCAAUCUCUUCAAGUUCUCUUCGAAUUGCGCAUGUUUUCAUUUGAUUUCCCGCGGCCCAUCAUGUCCACUCUUCGACUGAUUCCGUUGCUUUUGACUGCCUGGAUUCUGACCAAUGAGAAGAUCAAGAUUGUUCUUUCCCAACCUCUUCCAUCUGCCGUUGCCUCAGGCACUCCUCAAACAAUAACUGAAGAGAGUUCGACCAGGGUCAUUCCAUUGAUUGAGGGAAUGAUGUAUCCGACAGAAAAAGUAACUUUAAUUCACAAAAAAAUAAUCCUUUAGGGUUAUGUGAUGGUAUCCUCGGUGACACUUGUCUUGGAUCAAGGCUAUGCAAUUGUUGUUGAUUCGCCCUCGGCCUCGGAUAAACAGACCACGGAAUUAAUGCUAAAAGGUGAUUUACUUGCAAACAAGACUAUUAAUUGUGAUGAUCAUCUAAUAAUAUCACUGUGUAUUGCAGCCCUUUCCAACCUCGGGAUUUCUCCCUCUCAAGUCCACGUUGCCCUCACCACUCAUGGGCAUCCAGAUCAUUUUGGGCAGCAGAAUUUAUUCUCGAAUGCCCGCCAUUUAUUCGGCCCAUAUGAUUAUAUUUCCAGUGUUUUUAACCGAAAUGAACUGUUUACUGUACGUUUGCGAUACUAGUCGCGACAUAAAGUCCUGACACAUUUUGUCGCGGGUGUCGCGCGAGAAAAGUGGCGAACUCGCGCGAAAGUGCAUGUCGCUUGUGCAAAAACGGGGAAUUGCCGCGACGAGUGCGAAAGGAAAACAAAACGCACAGUGCAAAUGUGUCAGGACUUUAUGUCGCGACUAGUAUAAAGAUGUAUGUUUUACAGAAGAAUGAGAUGAGAUUAACGACAAAUGUGGAGGUUUGGAAUACUCCUGGUCACACGAACCAAGAUGUGAGUGUAAUUGUGAGGGAGGUCCCGUCCUUGGGAGUCGUCGGAGUUGUCGGUAAGCAUAUUAUUAUAAUGAGAUUCGAUACAACGAAACAUGAAUUCUUUUAGGGGACCUCUUUUACUCUGAAUUGGAUGCUUUAUCUAGUGGCGAAGACUGGAGUCGCGACGCUUGGAACGCGGCGCUGGGCUUGGAGAACCGGAAAAGAGUGCUCUGCACCUGCGACGUCAUCGUUCCCGGUCACUCUCGAAUAUUCAAGUAAGUCCCAACAAAUAGAAAAUCAAUUGCCUAUUUAAUUUAAAGAGUCACCCAAGAGAUGAGAAGUCGGGUUGGAUGCUCUGCAGGAGUGCCCUCGGGGCAGAUUCGCUCCAAGUCCGCUCCAAAUCCAUUGGUCCCUACUCAAAUCCCCGGCCAAAUCCCUCAAAUACCAUCUAGCCAAACUUCCAUUGUUGAGCCUUCCCAAUAUCCCCUCGGUCAACUGCCUCCAAUCUCUUCCCAGCUCCCCCAAUUCCUGCCUGGACAGCCAAUCCAGAAUGACAAAUUCUCAGAAGGGAAUGUGCUCAGCCAAACUAUCCGAUUCAGAGAACCGGAAUUAGAACAAAUGGAGGGAAUCCAGCCUAGUGUCAUAAGCCUGCCGAAGGAAGCGCUGAUCCAAAAAGAUUGGUCCAGGACUAGCCAAGAGCCAGCCCCGAUUUCCGAAACAAGUGAAUUGAAUAAAGGUAGGGCUUCAGUAAUCAGAGAAUCCAAUCCAUAAUUUUCAGCUGUUUUAUUACCAGUUUUGGAGUCUGCGGCCACUCAUUUGGCCAAUUACUUGACUGCCGCGCAACCCGGAGGUCCGGUUCCUAUACCCCAACACACGGCUACAGAGGUCCGAACGUAUCCAUACCAUGUAAAAAUGACAUAA